AUGACAACUAACAUAGCGGGCAUCAUCUCGGUAGUCUUCUUCUACGUCAUCAUUCUAGUGGUGGGAAUAUGGGCAGGCAGGAAAAAGAAAACCCCUGGCAGUGACUUGGAAGAGAGUGAAGAAGUCAUGCUGGCGGGACGGAAUAUAGGCAUGUUCGUGGGCAUUUUCACUAUGACAGCAACUUGGGUUGGCGGCGGCUACAUCAAUGGCACAGCAGAGGCUAUUUAUAGCAAUGGCAUCAUUUGGUGCCAGGCUCCAUUUGGAUACGCCAUGUCGCUUGUGAUUGGUGGCUUAUUCUUUGCAAACAAGAUGCGCGAAGAAGGGUACGUCACAAUGCUCGAUCCUUUUCAAGAUCUAUUUGGUAGCCGCAUGGGAGGUUUGCUUUUCAUACCAGCCCUAUGCGGAGAAGUAUUCUGGUCGGCUGCGAUUCUGGCUGCGCUGGGGGCAACUGUGAGUGUGAUCAUUGAUUUGGACAACAACACUUCUAUCAUCGCGUCCGCCUGCAUUGCCCUCUUUUACACUUUGUUUGGAGGACUGUAUUCUGUCGCCUACACAGAUGUUAUACAACUGUUCUGUAUUUUUGUUGGUUUGUGGCUCUGUAUUCCCUUCAGCAUUACAAAUUCUGCAGUUGGAAGCCUGGCCUUGAAAGACACCGACUGGAUUGGGAGUCUGAAUGGAAGAGAACUUGGCCAGUACUUGGAUUACGGGUUACUUUUAGUUCUCGGGGGAAUCCCGUGGCAAGUAUACUUCCAGCGGGUAUUGUCAUCUAAAAGUGCUUUCCGAGCCCAACUUUUAUCCUAUGUUGCUGCGUUUGGUUGCAUCAUCAUGGCUAUUCCCCCGAUGAUAAUUGGAGCCGUUGCAAAAGCAACAGCUUGGAAUGAGACGGCCUUCCCAGGCCCUUUGCCUCUGGAUGAAGCCCACACCUCUCUGGUUCUCCCCAUGGUCUUACAGUAUUUAACACCAGCAGCAGUAUCAUUCGUAGGCCUCGGAGCAGUGUCCGCCGCUGUCAUGUCUUCAUCAGAUUCCUCCAUAUUAUCAGCAGCUUCUAUGUUUGCCAGAAAUAUUUAUAAGCUUAUCAUACGCCAGAAUGCUUCCGAGAGAGAGAUCAUCUGGGUGAUGCGCGCAGCCAUCAUCUGCGUCGGCAUCUUAGCCACCGCCAUGGCGCUGACCGUAAAGUCCAUCUACGGCCUCUGGUACCUCUCGUCGGACCUGGUGUACGUGAUGCUUUUCCCUCAGCUCGUGUGCGUCGUCUACUUCAAGAAGUUCUGCAACACUUACGGCUCCCUCACCGCCUACAUAACAGGUUUUCUUCUGAGGUCCCUCGGCGGCGAGGAAAUCGUCGGCCUUCCCGCGCUCAUCAAGUAUCCCUUCUACGACGAGGAAAGGGGCGAGCAGCUCUUUCCCUUCCGGACCCUGUCGAUGCUACUCAGUCUGGCCACCCUGAUGACCGUGUCCAGCGUCAGCAAGUAUCUCUUCGAGUCGGGCCACAUCCCGCCGCAGCUGGAUGUCUUCCACUGCGUGGUCAACAUCCCAGAGGACAUCCUCAAGGUCCAGGAACCGCAGGAAGGGGAGAUGAGUGUGCUGAAUGCCCAUCUAGCCAAGACCUAUCAGUCGGAAAUGAACGGACGGGUCAACCCAGCACUCACCCUCAGCAGCGACGAAGCGGAUCUGUCCGACGCACCACCGAAAGAAUUCCCACCGCCUUAUACUCGAAAUGCCCCUUCUCAGAACACCACGAACUUUUGA